CCCAGCGCAGCCAUGAAGUGCAUCCUGCUCGCCCUGGCCCUCGUGUGUGGCAUCCAGGCCACCGCCAUCCCCCAGGCCACAAACCUGGACAUCCAGAAGAUGACCGGGACCUGGUACACUGUGGCCAUGGCGGCCAGCUACGCACCCCUGCUGGACAAGGACUCCAGCUUCAGGGUGUUCGUCAAGGACCUGAAAGUCACCCCCCAGGAGAACAUGGAGAUCACUCUGAGCAAACAGGUGAAACAGGACUGCGUGGACGCUCGCAUCAUGGCCCAGAAGACUCAGGACCCUGCCGUGUUCACGGUGAACUAUGACGACGGGGAGAAGAAGGUCACAGUGCUGGACACAGACUACACCCACUUCAUGGUCUUCUGCAUGGAGGCCCCCAUGGCUGGCACCCAGCAGGGCACCGUGUGCCAGUACAUGACCAGGACCAUGAACCCUGAGCAGGGGGAGAUGAUGGCAAGCUUCAGCAGAACCCUCCAGGUCCUGCCCACGGGCCCCCAGAUCAUCCUGAGCAUGGUGCAGAUGGAGGAGAAGUGCCGCGUCUAGACCAGCCGCUGGAGCCAGGAGGAGCCCAGGCGCCCUGGGGUUACCCCCGUUCCAGCCCCCCAGCCCCUACCUGCCCUCGCCCCCUCAUC